GCCGAGGCAGCACCUUGACCACAAUUCCAUCGCCUAGAAGCGAUAUAGAGGAGGAAAAGGAUUGGAAGAUAGUGAGUUUCAGAGACUAUGAUUGGCCAUUCAAUCUGUUAAACAAGUCUUCUCCUUUUCCUUCUUCUUCUUCUUCUUCGUCUUGGUAGCGCAAGUUAAUCUGGUGCGCACCCACAGUCGCAAUCUAGUGAAGACCAUGGCGGAGCUGGCGCAAGCAGAAGUGUACGCGCCGAGGUCAAUUCAAGUAUGGAGGACACUGUUGAACUGGUUGGGUUUUUUCUUUCAGAUCUUCGUUCAGAUCAUCAGAGGCACGCCUUCCUUGACUCAAGUCCUCUCUUUCGUUGGCCUUCGACACAAUUCUUUGCUCUCUGAUUCCUCUUCGCCUUGCUUCAAGCCGUUGCCGUCCGUUGAAUUGCUCGAACCGGAGGCUCCAGAGCCGGCUGCGGUGGAAAUUUCUGGUUAUAGAUUUGCCGAUGGUUUUCAUGAUCGCCCUCUGGAGAAACUCACGGUGGUUCUCGACUUGGAUGAAACUCUAGUAUGUGCAUAUGAGACGUCUAGUUUGCCUGACAUUGUUCGUACUCAAGCCACAGAGGCAGGGUUGAAGUGGUUUGAGCUGGAAUGUAUAUCAUCAGAAAAGGAAUGCGAAGGCAAGCCAAAGGUGAACUAUGUCACGGUUUUUGAACGUCCUGGAUUGCAUGAAUUUUUAAAACAACUAAGUGAAUUUGCUGAUCUGGUGUUAUUUACUGCAGGUCUUGAAGGCUAUGCACGACCACUUGUUGACAGAAUAGAUGCUGAAAAUAGAUUCAGUCAUAGACUUUAUCGGCCUUCCACAAAGAGCACGUAA